GCGGCCGUCACUUCUCCGAGUCGGAGCCAUGGCGACAACAGCUCAGUACAUCCCGCGGAAUAACUCCUUGCCGUCCAACCCGCUCAUGCACCCGGACUCGGACCGCAUGCACCAGGGGACCACCUACCGGGAGGUGCAGAAAAUGAUGCACCACGAGUACCUGCAGGGGCUGGCGGCUACCAACACGGGACACCCGAUGAGCCUGACGCACCACCAGUGGCUGCAGCCCACGUCCAACAGCGACUGGACCACCGGCACGCACCUCGGACAGCAGGAGCACAAAGGCGGCGGCGGCGGCGGCGGCGGUGGAGGAGGAGGAGCAGGGAGCCGCGAGGACUUGGCCGCCGGCUUCCACCACAGGUCCCACUUGGUGCACCAGCAGACGCAGGCGGCGCACCACGGCGCGUGGGCUCCGGCCAGCGCGCACCACCUGUCCCCGCUGUCGCCGGCGUCGGGCGGCGGCGGGGGCGGCGGCGGCGGCCACCAGGCUCUGGUCUACUCGCAGCCCGGAUACACGAACCUGAACGCCAUGCUGGGCAGCCCCCAGCCGGGCGCCCUGCACCACGGCUUGCGCGAGCCGCUCCACGACGACGCGGCGGCGGUGCACGACGGCCACAUGGAGUCCCCGCAGCAGGCGUUCGGCCACCACCAGGACCACUCGGACGAGGACGCGCCCAGCUCCGACGACCUGGAGCAGUUCGCCAAGCAGUUCAAGCAGCGGCGGAUCAAGCUGGGCUUCACGCAGGCGGACGUGGGCCUGGCCCUGGGGACCCUGUACGGCAACGUCUUCUCGCAGACCACCAUCUGUCGCUUCGAGGCGCUGCAACUGAGCUUCAAGAACAUGUGCAAGCUGAAGCCGCUGCUGAACAAGUGGCUGGAGGAGACCGACUCCAACACGGGCAGCCCCACCAACCUGGACAAGAUCGCCGCGCAGGGCCGCAAGCGCAAGAAGCGCACGUCCAUCGAGGUGGGCGUCAAGGGGGCGCUGGAGAACCACUUCCUCAAGUGCCCCAAGCCGUCGGCGCACGAGAUCAGCACUUUAGCGGGCACGCUGCAGCUGGAGAAGGAGGUGGUGCGCGUUUGGUUUUGCAACCGGAGACAGAAGGAGAAGCGCAUGACGCCCGUGGGGGUCCCGCACCCCAACAUGGACGACGUAUAUUCCCAAGCGGAGACCCCCCCGCUGCACCGCUCGCUGCACAGCCCCGUGCAGUGACUUGACUUGACAGCCCUGAACGCCCCCCGCCGCCCCCU